GGGAACGUGACCAUCGCUUCAGCGCAACUCUCGCGAGACUUCCCGGAAGCCCCCCCCCACCCCUAACAUGUCCGUGUUAGCCAUAGCUUCAUGAGGGAGAACUUUACUCCUUCUUGACUGUUUUUAGCAGCUGAUUCGAAGGCUCCCAUCAUGCUUUGCUCUCUGUUGCUGAAACGGAGGAAGACGCUGAGGAGGAAGAGGAGGUCGGUCCUGUGACCCGGAUGGGGGAUGUGGUUCUGCACUACCGGCCUGGAUCGAUUGCCGAGCUCGGCGGUUUGCUGCAGCGGGCCGAGAGGCUCCUGGAGUCCUUCCCCUACAGGACUCCUCCCGUCUUCACGCCGUGGUCCCCCGCCACCGCCGACCGCCACCUGCCCAUCAGACCAGCCAAACCGCCACCCGUCGUCAUCGGCCCACCGCACCGGCUCCCCUCCGGAGGCAGGACGCAUGCCAACGCUCUCCGGGAGCCAGAGGGUCACAGUCUCGUUGCUGAGGGACGCCACGCCGGCCCCGCUGGCCCGCAGCCGCCGCUCAAACGCUCGUGGAGCGUAUUCACACAGAGCAGCGUUCCGCAGGAAGAGUCGCUGUCCAACGAGUUCCGUGGCGUGGUCGCCGCCUACAAGCUCCACCUCCACCAGAGGGCCAAGUGGGUGAUCGGCCGGCACAACUGCGGGGGGAGCGGAGACAUCGAGCAGGUGUGGCGGGCUCUGAACCGACACGUCCGGAGCUCCAGGCUGUCGACGUGCAACGCCAACAUCCGGCGGGAGCGGGCGGAGAUCUGGGUGUUCUGCGACGUGGUCCGAUCGGAGAGGGUGGGCCGCUUCCUGAAGGAGCAGCUGCAGCUGUUGGGGAGAAUCGAACUGUCUGUUCACAGUCGGGGAAACGUCUUCAGCGUGUAGACGAGCCUCCGCUGGUCCACACGGUGUUUAAUGUGCCAACGCUGACCUGCACAUGAGAACUCAACACACAAUGGGACAUUUUACUAUAUUUACAUUCUUUCUCUCUCGACUAGUGCAGAGCGUGCUCGUUCUCCGAGUGCAGAACUCCAUUCUUAUAUUGCAGAAAUAAUUCAGGAAUGAAAAGAUCAGAGGGGAGAUCUGUUUUUUGUACAUUUAUGAAUUUGAGAGGCGAUCUUAUUGAUUGUAUGUUUUCUCGCUGCUGUCUGAUGUAAAUAAAGGUCUGUUUUUAAUGA